ACCGGAAACCGCGCGGUCCCGCAUCCGAGCCGCAAAUCCGCCCCGAAAAUUCCGCUCCAAGAGCGUGCCGAGGAAGUGGAAACGAAAGUCGAACGAACGAACGAACGAUCGGCGUAUUCCGAAGGAAGGAACGAGAACGAGACGCAAACGCGCAGUUUCGUUAGCGCAGCGAUAUCGCGACUAUAUAAUUGGGAAUUAAUUGGACGACGCGUUUCAAGCGAAAUAAGAAUGGAGAUAACUUCUGGAUUGUUCCUAGUAUUAGUAUUGAAUAUACUUUGGACAAUGCCGGGCUACGCAGCACCGUUGUUAGACACGACGGAUAAUUGGAGCCAGAAUGCUUUUGCGCCAAUGAUAAAGGCAGCAUGCUCUUCCGAUGGUCAAUGCUGGAGUUGGUUGCCGAUGUCGGAAACUAGUUCCGACGGCAUUAACAUCAUACCUGAGGGAAACAGCGAUACCUCGAGAUUACAAUCCCGGCGCCAAGUUGCAAAGCCAACGUCUGAAUUCGCAUUGAGAUCGUGGCAAGAUAGUACGGUGGAGGCGGGGCGAAAAAUCCGGCCGCUUUUGCCGAUUGAUAAGCAGAUACCGACCAGGAUCACGAAAAAGGAUGCAUUCACGUCCCGCAGCUGGAGCGCCGGUGGUAUGCCCUUCUCCGUUCUGUACAUGAACCCGCACGGUUCGCGAUCAAACGUUGUUGCGGCAACAUUGUCGCCAGCGUUUCGACGACAGAAGUUCGUUACGACGACCGAAAGUCCGAUUCCAUCCAUGGGGCACUCGGUUUCGCGUGUAAUUACUCGAAACGGGCAGCCUACCGUGCAACCGAGAAAGCAGUAUUGGACCAUACCGCAUAUGUUUAUAUCAUACGGUUGGGGCCCUUUCGGCAAAUAAAACAACAAGCUACGGUAACGUAUUUGAUGCUCUGGCGUAUCAUCAGAGAGAAUGAGAGAGAUAGAGAAGAGUGAGAGAGAGAAAAAGAGAGAGAGAGAGAGAGAGAGAUAGACAGAGGCAUUAGUGUUCAUGAUACCUCUAAAAUAUGCAAAUAAUCUCCAAAUGCAGAGCAAUUGCCAAGUUUCGUUGCAACUGUAAUCUAACGUGUUCAGACACUUGAGACUGUAAUCUACAUCUCUCUCUUUAUGCAGUAUUUCUUUACAUUGUCGCAUAAUAAAUUUGUAUUUUCUACUCGAGUACACUUGCUUCCGCGCUGGGCGAGCGUUUGCACUCAACGGCAACAGGGAAUAUCCAUGUUAUAAAGAAAAAAAGAGAGUUUCGUGUCCCACGAAGUAAGAUCUGUAGUAA